CCUUACAUCUGGUUGUGCACCUUACAUCUGGGUGCCUUAUUGAUCACCUCUCGUACAUAUGCCGUAAACAAUUGUAUCUUGUACUAUCUAUAGAUCUAGAUACCGGGUCAUGCGGAGCCACGUAUGAACCAGGAUCCAGCAACAAUACACGCCGUGUAUAUAUGUCACCUCCCUGACACAUCCGUGUUGUCUUUCGUUGUACAUGUGUUACCCCAGUCACAAAUCUCUGAAUUCUUAAUUUCAUAACACUAGUUUCGCUCCUUUUCUGAGUGUUUGGUUUGAUAAGGGCAGUACCGAUGGACCGAUCUAUCCGUAUAGUACUCUAUGUCGUGUUCCCGGCGAUGUUGUACACCAGAACAGACGCGGGGUUUUUCUCGUCAGUCGCGCGACUGGAGAAACUGGUGACGGCAGAGAGGGAGAUGGUAGCUACGGUGAAACAGCACAUUCAGAAUGGUGGGAAAGUGUCAACAGAUAUGCAACGAUAUGUCAACAGUUUUGAGAACAGCUUUUCAGCAUCAAAGCGCGAGCACAUUGCCCACCAUCCCGUCAGGGCUUACUUACUGAUCAAGCGACUCAGUAACAUCACUUCAUCCGAGGCCCAGAUGCUGACAGGAAAAGAAGUGCAGCUACCAACCGCAGAAGACUUGCACAUGACGGCACUUGCGCUGAUAGUACUUCAAGACGUGUAUAAUUUGGACAUGCGCAGACUUGCCCUAGGGCAAAUUAUGAUGGUAUCACAAUCAUCCAAUGGCGAAGAGUUUCAGACGACAGAAGUUUGUAGUGAGGAUCCGAGCUCUACACUGGGUCCCUCAGACACGUACUAUAUUGGGGAGGUAGCGUGUAAAGAGAACAAGUUUUACCAAGCCGUGUUUUGGUUCAACCUGACCUUAGAGAGAAUGAGAGAGAAUGAGAAGACUUUGUUGAAGGUCAGUAGUGAGCCAACGGACCGGCGUGGUCUGAGGAGGUUGGAUGUUCUACUGAAACUGGCGGAUACCGUCCAAAAGAUCAAGUGGGACCAGACUGUGUUUAUGGCCGUGUCGAAGUUGGGUGCACAGAAGACAGAUGCCAAUGGCAAUGCUGAUGGGCUGAGGCAUCUUUCAAGACUCUUAGAAAACGCCAUAUCGUCGUUAACGAAGCCUAUAAGAACGGAGAUUCCUCAUGUCAAUUAUGAAAAUCUAUGUCGUCUUGGUGUUCUCAAGAACCGAGCUCCACACCCAACGCUUACCUGUAGACAUGUCCGCUCCAGCCCGUACACCUACCUCAGUCCUGUCAAGAUGGAGGUUCUGCACGAGGGAAGCCCAUUGGUUGUUCUGUAUCAUGACGUCAUCACUGACAAGGAGGUGCAAAAAAUAAGGGACAUGGCGCUCGCUAGGAUGGAGAGAUCUCCAGUAGUCGCCGACGAUGGAGGGAAUAUGUUCAGCAAGACAAGAGUCAGUGAAACUGGUUGGCUAUUCGAUACUGAACACACUGUGAUCGCAAAACUGAGUCGGAGAGUUGAGUAUAUUACCGGUCUGGAUGUCAACUGGCCGUAUGGAGAAGCGUUUCAGGUCCUGAACUAUGGACUGGGAGGAUUUUAUGAGCCACAUGUUGACUACUUCAGGGAUGAACAGCCGGCGCUGCUGACUAACGGCCAAAGGAUUGUCACGUUCCUAUUCUAUCUGAGUGAUGUUGAAGCUGGUGGAGCGACAGUCUUCACUCGUCUGAAUCUGACCGUCCCUGCUGUCAAGAACAGUGCAGUGUUAUUUCAUGACUUAAAAAGGUCUCUAGAAUUUGAGAAGGAUUCGGAGCAUGCUGGCUGCCCUGUUCUUAUGGGCUCGAAAUGGAUAGCCAACAAGUGGAUACAUGCGCAUGGGAACGAGUUCAGGUGGCCAUGUGGUCUCGCACCGGAAGAGUGAGGACAUCACACCUACAAUGCCACACUGAAGAAAGUAUAACACACAAAGGCAGAAAGACACAAAACCUUUAAAAGAGGAACAUUCUUUUAUUUGUAACAACUCUCAAGCCAUGAUAUUACAUAUCAUUUGAUAUAAUUGACUUUGUUAAAAUGCUUUCACCUAUCCAGGAGUGGAGUAAAGAUUGCCAGUCGAAUCAAGAACGAGUGAAGCGUAAUAAUUAUUGUGCUACAAUGAUGUAGAGAAUGUCACCAUACAUGCAAUUGUGAUUCUCAAGUUUACAACGUGUAAAAAAACAUCUCUCACGUCUUAUGUUUAUCAAAAGUUUCUUAAUGCAAUCUUGUACAAUUUCAUUUUAUUGGAUUUCGAUGCCUCCAUGCACUCUACCGUCUAUUUGAUAACAGUGACGUUAUGGAAAUUAUGUACAUGUAUGAUUUAUCCAAAUUCAUCCUCAUGGUUAUGUAUCUUUAGAAUACUUUAUUACUACUUACAAUAAUACUCCAUUUGUCAUUAUCCUAUACAUUCAAUGGUCCGACACUAGAGCUUACUAUGUGGCUGUGUCACGGAGAACAAUUUGGGUUAAGGUAUUUCACCUGGCUAUAUUGGCAUUUUGACCUUCCAAUCUUUUCUCAUUAAUGAAUUAAGAAAGAAUGGGACCGUAACGAAUAUUGAUAGAAGGGCAUGGAAGAAUUUUGAAUCUGAUUUUUGGGGGCCAUAUGGAUGACGUGAUCAGGUUUUAUUGCCCCUGAUAUUAUUUUUCUAUGAGAACA